UUAUCUACUGCGUGCAGCUCCCACUGCUUCCUCUUUUCUGUCCUGCUCCCCUCCGGCUCUGUCUCUCUCUUCUCCCUCUCUCUUUCUGAAAUCUGCUUCUCAUGCUAGAGGCCUACAUGGCAGCUUGUCGUCUCCGUCACCCUCCGCCACGGCUGGACCGUGUUGUCACCUCGUCUGAAGUCUUGCCAGGGACACCCAACUUGUGAAAGCGGGCAUCUGAUGAGCUUCUCCGUUCUGGUAUCGCUAACGGGCCUUUUACCAUGAGCCAUUCCACUCCAGCUACAGCUAAUGGGAACGAUAGCAAGAUAUUUAAAGGAGAUCGCUCUCCCUGUUCCCCUUCACGCGUUAUCCACAUUCGCAAGGUUCCAAAUGAAGUCACAGAAGCUGACGUCAUCUCAUUAGGUGUACCUUUUGGAAAAGUUACCAAUCUUUUGAUGUUGAAAAGUAAAAGCCAGGCCUUCUUGGAAAUGGCUUCUGAAGAAGCAGCUAUUACUAUGAUGAAUUACUACACCCCUGUCACUCCUCAUCUCCGCAGCCAGCCUGUCUAUAUUCAGUAUUCUAACCACAGAGAAUUAAAGACUGACAACCUACCUAAUCAGUCGCGCGCACAGGCUGCUUUGCAAGCUGUGAACACUGUCCAGUCUGGUGGUCUGACUCUCACUGGUGUUCCCGGAAGUGAAAGCUUGAUGUUAACAGGCCAUAGUCCUGUGCUAAGAAUAAUUGUGGAAAACCUGUUCUAUCCCGUUACUCUGGAAGUUCUGCAUCAGAUCUUUUCCAAGUUUGGAACAGUACUGAAGAUCAUCACAUUCACAAAGAACAACCAGUUCCAGGCUCUGCUUCAGUAUGCUGAUCCAAUGAACGCACAUCACGCCAAAGUGGCUUUAGAUGGGCAGAAUAUUUACAAUGCCUGCUGCACACUGCGUGUCGAAUACUCCAAACUGACAAGCCUUAAUGUCAAAUACAACAAUGAUAAGAGUCGAGACUUCACCCGCCUUGACCUGCCUAGUGGAGAUGGACAGCCAUCCCUUGAUGCCACAAUGGCAGCUGCUUUUGGUGCUCCAGGUAUAAUUUCCUCACCUUAUGCAGGAGCUGCUGGAUUUGCACCCACUAUUGGCUUCCCUCAGGCAGGGCUGUCAGUCUCAAGUGUACCAGGAGCCCUUGGACCUCUUGCUCUCACCACUUCUAUCACUGGACGUAUGGCAAUACCUGGCAUGACUGCCAUUCCAGGACACUCGGUUUUGUUAGUCAGUAAUCUAAAUCCUGAUGUUAUCUUACCCCAUGCCCUAUUUAUCCUGUUCGGAGUGUAUGGUGACGUUCAUCGUGUGAAGAUUCUGUUCAAUAAAAAAGAAAACGCAUUGGUGCAGAUGGCAGAUGCAACUCAAGCACAACUUGCUAUGAGCCAUCUGAAUGGACAGAGACUUCACGGAAGGGUACUGCGAAUUACCCUGUCAAAGCACCAGGCUGUUCAGCUUCCUCGCGAAGGACAUGAAGACCAAGGCCUAACUAAGGACUAUACCAACAGCCCACUACAUCGCUUCAAAAAGCCAGGCUCAAAGAACUUCCAGAAUAUAUUUCCCCCCUCUGCAACCCUACACCUAUCGAACAUACCGCCUUCAGUUUCGGAUGAUGACCUUAAAAGAUUAUUUGCAAGUACAGGAUGUUCAGUGAAGGCCUUCAAAUUCUUCCAGAAAGACAGAAAAAUGGCACUUAUCCAGCUGGGGUCAGUGGAGGAAGCUAUAACAGCUGUAAUAGAUCUACACAACCAUGAUUUGGGAGACAACCACCAUCUGAGAGUUUCAUUUUCCAAAUCAAUGAUCUAAGUUCCAUCUGCCAUCAACAUUCCUUCCUCUUCAUUAAAUCUUUGUAAAGACUGGACCACGGUUUUGGCAAAAGCCGUCAGACAGAGACUGAUAAUUAUAAGACCAAACCUGCCUCGUUUGUAAUAUUAGGUCUCCAUGGGAAGGAACGCAUCAUAUGCCUUCUUAUAAACAGACUGAGGAUAUGCAGAACCCAUCUAAAGCUUUGUGCUUGAUAGUGAUGAAAUAUACACAUUCUGCAUUUACAGCAAAAUCUAAGUAUGAUCAUUUUGUUUUACAACUUCAUAUCCUUGGUGUUCAUUUUCUUUUUGCUCCAAAUAAACCGUACACAACAUUUUUCUGACAAUCAUCAAGGUUUUGAAAUAGUUCUAUGGAGAUAAAUCUCUACUCCUCCUUUUCCUCUUUUUUUAUUUUAUUUUUUUAUUUUGUGAUGAAUUUCACUUUACAAGAAUUUAAAGGGGUUGUCCCAAGAUCAGCAUUUAUCAAUCGCCUACAUGAUAGGUGAUAAAAGCCUGAUUUCUGGAAUCCCACCUCUGGAACAUCACCAAACACCAGAAUGGGGGUCCUGAGCCUGCCGUUCCGCCUCACUUCAUGACCACAGUGAGGAGCAGUUUAAGCACAGCAGUCGAGUAUGCAUGGUGCAGCUACAUUGGACUGAUAGACCUUCAAUGGAGCUGCAUGGUUCAAACUCUUCCUCCCUUUGGUUGUGCAGUGAGGAGGAACAGGGGUUCAGGACCCCUGUUUUAGUGUUUGGUAGUGCCCCCAGUGGUUGGAUAUUUAUCGUCUAGCCUAUAGACAGGUGACAUAUGUCAAUCCUGGUCGACCCCUUUACAUCCUUCUUUUUUUAUAUACUUAUAGGUAGAGAACAAUGAAAGCGAAGAUGACCUUUUUUUGUUUGUUAUAGUUUUUUUUUUAGUGGGCAGAUCUCUGUCAAGUAUUCUAUUUUAGGCAGAUGAUAUGGUAAUAUAAUACCAUGACAAGUUAGACAGUAGACCACAUUUGUUUUAUUGCCCACAAAUAUAUAAUUUUUACACAUUUUUAAUCAUUUAAGUUACCUUUUUCCUAAUUAAACCUUGCAUGUUGGGAUAUUUUAGUUUUUUUCUAAUGGAUCUCCAAGUUUUUGGAAAUGGUUAUCACACUGAAUGCUACUUGAAAAUGUAGCUGCACAUAUUCAUAAGCGGCCUGCCUUGUGAAAUGCCAGCUAUUGCCUGUCGAGAUGUGUUGUGUGAUAUGCUUAUUUUGGAGCAAACUGUAAAAGUUCACUGUUAAAUGAAAUCAUGAACGGUUUCUUUUCUGAAUAUAAGAAGUUUACAGUCUUACAAAUAAUUAUUCAGGUCUAUCAUUUGGUUUUGCAGAUUUUUGAGAAAUUAUUUUUGGUAAUAUGUUAAAGAAGAUUUAAACCUCAAGGGUUUUUGUACCACUAUGAUAACUAAAAUCCUUACAUCAGAAUUACUGUGUACUUAAUUUACUUAUGUGCCUUAUUAUGUGCUUAUAAUGUAAAAUAGGGUAGAUUAUUUUUGAUGUAUCUUUUGAAAAUUGUAUUGUGGGUUUGGUGAGUUUUUUUUCCUUCACAUUUUUCUGUUUUCAGAUUUCAUGUUGUGUUUCUUUUCUUUUUCUUUUUUCUGUUUCCAGAAGCAUUGAUGGGAAACUGCCAUCAUCUUGGUGCUGCCCUCACUGAGGGUAGCAUAGAGUAGUGACAUACAUGUUGAUUUCAGUGGUGUUGUCAUUCAUUAGAUAAUAAGUGGUUGCUGAAAACCAGCUUCCUAAUCUUCACAACUAGGCCUGGAAAAGAGUCAUGGCUGCCUGAGAAGAGUCAUGGAUAUUGAUGAUCUCCUGCUCUACCCACCCACCUGCUGAUGGAGGCAGUUCUCUUCUAGAAGAAGACUGGCAAUCAUCAGCAGGUGGGAGAGAUCAAGCAGGUGAUCAUGAAUAAACGUGAAUCUUCACAGACAGCCACGACUGUUUUCCAGGCCCGAGCUGCAAUGAUUAUGAUGCAGAUGCUCAACAACCACUUACUUUUAUCUCAAGAAUGACGUCACUGAAAUCAGCAUUCUGUCACUAGGGAGGACAGCAUAAAUUGAUGACAGGUUCCCUUUAAAUUGUUUCAGUUGUGUAGAAAGCAGAUAAUGAGAAUAGAAACAGAAGAUAAAAGCCUUGAAAAUCUGUAUACUUUUACAAUGUGGUGGACUUCAUGUAUGUUAAAAAUACUUGUUUGCAUGCCAGAUUUUUUUCGGUGUGGUAGAUAUGAAGUGUACUCGGGUGAUGGAGCACUUGUACUUGGCCACAUCAGUCCCUUGAGCCACAGGUUGGAUAGCACUAUCCUAAUAGUGAGUGAUGAAAAAUGUCACAGAUCUUCAGUGAAUAGUUGUCUUUCUACAACUACUUACUUGUGUAAGCUCUGCAUUAUUUCUGAAGCUUUCCAACUUUCCGUUCUGUAGAAAAACUAUAUGUGGUUUCAAGAAUCCUUUCUGCUCCUAUUUUAUAGUAUGGAAGCCACUGUAGUCACUGGCUGAAAAACUGUGCACGUAUGCAAAAAGGGCAGUAUCUUGCACCCCUAUGUACUCAGACUAACAAGAAAUUAGGAAACCUAGGUGUGGCUUUAUAUUUUUCCUUUAUUUUUUUUUUAUUUUUUUAUGGUUUUCUUUAUUUUAUUUUUAUUUUUUUAAUGCAUGAAAGCCAGUUAGGAAAUUCACAUGUGAAAGUAUCUGCAAGUUUCAAACCUGUUUGUAUUGAUAUAUAGCUAACAUAAAAUGUGAUGGUUUAUCUUGUUUAUAAGGUGUUGACGUAAAAAUUGCAGUGAAGACGUUAGGUUUUAUUUAUCCAUACUGUCUAAGAUAAAGUAGAGCUGGCCUUGUUGCCCAAAGCAACCAAGUACUGCAAUUUUUUUUUUUUAACUACUCAGAAAAUACAAGCUGAGCUGUGAUUGUUUGUUUGUUUUUUGGGGGGGGCAAACAAGACAAAUUUUCCACCUUUUUCUUGCAAACACCAGAGAUUUGUAGAGAUUGUAUGGCGCCAGUUGAAGUCCUGUGGGGCACUGUGCUCCGGGUGUUGCUGUACCAUGCACCAUCAGGUAUGUAUGGAGAUAUUAUCACCUAGAAGCAAUGUACUAUACAAACGGCACCUGAUGGAGCAUGCCACAAUUUUUGGACAGAAUUCAUGCUUACCAACAUUUGUGUUGAUAAAUAUGUGUUAUUUAAGCCACACUCCUGGGCACACUCAAUUCCGCUCCCCCAGAAUGCUUAGUUCCUGGCAAGGUUUACAUAAGUCCCACUCAUUUUUGGCCAAAGAAAAGCUUAAUUUGCUGGGAUUGUCUCAGAAAAUCCAGGACAAUCCUAGCAAUUUUGAGACUGUUUGCAAAUAUGCAGAAUCCAACAGAGAAAAACAAGGGUCUCCUUGUGAAAUUAGAGGCAUACAAAUCUACACCAAGGCCCAUGCACCUCUAUGGGUGCCCUGUACAAAGUGGAGCUGUAAUACCACCAUGAGCAUAAGGCCUUGAAGAGUUUUGAUAAAUGGGCCCAAAAUAUGUCAACCUUGUGAAUCGCUGUGGUUUGUGAUUAAAUCCUGGUUGACCGCCAGUUGUUCUGGGUUGAUAGAUUCAUGGUCUGCAACCGUUGCCACACUCAGAGUAUCUCAGGAUAUAUUUGAGCUUUUUUUUUUGCUUGAUUAUGCAUUUCAAAAUGCAAAAAAACAUAAUAUAAAAAAUAAAAUCAAUCAUAUCCUCAAGAAUCUCUAACCGGCACUGAAUGUCAGCUGCUGCUUUACAAGAAAUUGCAGUGGUAAGAUAUAUAAUAUAGAUAAUAUGUGAGGUCUUAGCUGGUCUAAGUACGUUGUGUGGUGUUCAUUGGAUUCUUAACCACCCCUUCCCCGUGUCUGAAAUAUAUCUAUAUAUAUGUGAUCAGAAUCCAAAAUCAUUGACUAUUUAUAUAAUGUUUGUGAAGAACCAAGUCAGAAGGUGCUUCAGGAUUUCACUGGAGCGCUAGCAGUGUUUUAAUUAAUAUUGUACAUGUCAUUUAUAGUACCCCUGACGUCCGUUUCCACAUGCGUACGUUAUACAAAGAUGUUUAACCUAUUGAGUACUGGUAACUAUACCCAACAACCUGUAUUAAUUGAAAUCCUGUCUCAGGUCAUUUUCAGAAGCAAAAAUAAAUAGUUCCUGAGUGGCUUCUCAAAAUUACCCAAAUGCAGAUUUUUGGGGGGCACUUUAAUUUAUUCUUUCCAGAUUGUAAUAUACACUUUUCUGGCAAUUAAAGUUAUCAUCCGAACCGUU